AGGAGUCCCUGCCAAUCGCCUUGACGGCUUGAUAUCUCGGUCUCUUCAACAGAUCUCUUUUAUUUCAACACUUCGAUUUUCUCCAAUAUCCCUCGCGAAUCAUCGCAUGUGUACCUCCCAGUAACACCGCAGCGAUGCUCAUCGAUGGUGAAAAGUAUGCUUGUGAGGCUUGCGUCCGGGGUCACCGAGUCAGCAGCUGUCAUCACAGUGACCGCCAAUUGACCCACAUCAACAAAAAAGGCCGCCCAGUCUCUCAAUGUACUCACUGCCGCGGCCUACGCAAGUCUCGGACUACCCACACCCAGUGUGAUUGCGGCGAAAAGAAGAAGAAGGAAGACUGCCAUACCGGCAUUUCGCAUGGUCGCUGUGGUUGCUGUCAUGGCCAGCGCUGCAUUUGCGCACUCAAAAAGGAACAUCUAGAUACUGUGCCUGAAACUGGUCUUCCCUUCUCUCCGCCCCCGCUUACGAUUGAGACCCCGCGGAAACCCCCUCUUACGUCUACCAAAUCUGAAUCGACGCUCACGAUUUUCCGCGACGGUCAUCAUAAACCCGCCCACAAGCAUAAUGACAUGGCCCACAAAUGUGGAUUGCCUUAUACGAUUCCGCGAUCGCAUACCAUCCACCACCCUACCGACUUACCCCGUCGGUCGGUGGAUCAUUUGCCGCUAGGCCAGUCGACCUUUAUCAAGGAACCUCUUACUCUGUCCGAAUUUCCUAAUUCACAACGAACGUCCCAAAAUGGUUCUCCCAACAGCGCGCAUGUUUCGGGCGCCGAAGACGAUGCGAAACCUGCUCCUCUCGAUCACUCGUACCUCGACAAUUUCGUUACGCCAGCACCUCCCGCUCCAUCAUUAGACCGAUCCCAUGAUGCGCUGUCAAACCCGGUCUCUGCCCCUUCAAACAUGGACAAAUUCCCGCUGGAACAGAUUGUCACCAGUGUUCCUCCACUUGACGUCUCUUUCGCCUCCUUCCCGACCACGAGUACCAACUCUCCGACCACCUGCAUUGCCUUCCAAGAACCUUACCAAGAAUGUUAUUUCACCUCUCCAGACUCCGACAUGCCCCUGGGGUCUGCUGGCAUCGGUGCUCCCUCGGUCGACUGGUCAAGUUUCCCUCUAUACUCCGACGUGCCUACUGCAACCAGCACGCAAGCUCCUUCAUAUGCUAGCUUUGAUUACACCGGGUAUCCCUCGGGUCUUCCAGCGCCUUCAUCAUCCGGAGACAUCUCCGAGGCUGACGAGUUUGGACCGCUUCCUGGUUUGGGUCAUGCUAGCAAUGACAUGCACGAUCUACACAGCGUGAGCGAAGCGUCUGACAUGGACCAUCUCCGCGUCAGCUCUGCAUCCUCAUUGGUCGGUUUACCCCAGGCGCGUCUCCUGUCAUCCAAUGACCUGGACUCGAUCAACAUCGACGAUUUCCUCAAAUCGACCAACGAGUCCACCGCUGCGCUCGAGCACCAGCUGCAAGCCAGCAUGAGCAUAGAGGCGAAACCGGUCCCUGCUCAGGAUAUCUACAGUAUGUCGCAGAUACCAGUCUACAAGCCCAUGGCUUCGGCCCCGACUCCCAGCGCUCCCUCACCGCCCCCGGACUCCGUUCCUAUCUGGGCUAGCGGUCUCUUCAAUGCUGAUUCCACCCCGCCCAUGGAUGACAACUUCUUCCAACAAUCCUGGGGCCAGUAA